AUGGCGACGGCGACGCUACACUCGCUUCAUCUUCUCCACGGAUACUUUGUCCUCUUUCUAUUCGAAUUAAACACAUUUUCAUGCCAGCAGUUUUCUAUUUCUUACACGCAACCGUCGGAGUGUGGCGUCGAGAACUAUUUUGACAUCUCGAGUUUGUCCUGCGUGAAAUGCGGACCGAACCAAAUGAGCAGUAAAUCAGGUUUGAACUGUGAGUGUCAGACGGGUUUCAAGGUGCUGAAAAGCAACGGAGACUCCAUCACCUGCCAAAAGUGUGCAGACCCUGAAUCGGGUGUUACACAGGAUGGAUUUGAGUGUAUCCAAUGUCCAGGAAUUUUGGGCGAGGAUGGGAAGUGCCAGUGUCCUGCAGGCAGCAUUCUUGUGGAAAGAAACUUGGAUGGGACUCUUCUCCAAGAAGCCCAAUGCAAGGCAUGUAACGGAACAGGGCCGGCCUUUUCUUCCCCUGACCCUAAAGGAAACAGGUGUGUAAGAUGUGAGGAGUCAUUCAUCACCACAUUUCAAUCCUGUUCAUGUGGCUCCAACAUACUGGCUGGAGGAAUGUGUUUUCCUUCCAAUGACCUGCCCACUUCAGUCGUCUCUGUAAUCAGUUUUCCUCAGUUGGGUCUCACUGUUACUUCUGAAUGGUUUUCUAGCUUCCUGUAUUCUUCUGCAGCUUCAUGUCUGUUGUUAGGUAAUCGCACAGCUUGCCAGGCUCUGGGCAACAUGUGUGUGUUAAACAUGCACUCCUCAAGCACUAUCAGCAACGAUGCAUGCGGUCUGUACACCAGCAUCUACAGAACCACCGCUGCUCAGGGCAACAACCAGAACAAUCCCUACUGGAGGACAAAUCUGCCUUGGCUUUAUUAUGGUGAACAGCCAGGACUGGCACAAAGGGUUCUACAGACUGAGCCGCUGCCUGUGGGUUUUAGCUUCAAAGGUGCAAAUAAGAACACAAACAUACAACUGCUAGCAGCAGUGUACACUGCACAAGGAGAGUUCAUGCGAUGGGAGAGUGUUGGUGAAGGAAACCUUCAGCUUUGUUCUGACACUUUAAGCAAACAGCAGGCUGCCUUCACUUUUGGGACAGAUUACAAGCAGACUUGUGUCCUUUCAGUGUCGGCACUUCUGGCUGCGUAUUCGGAUCCUCUGUUUUACGACGUAUUUCUGGUGCAGCAACAGGCCCCUGGGGAUAGGCGUCUGCUUGCCGUGCCCAUCCUAAAUCUCAUCCUGCAGUAUAAUGGCCAGUUUGUCAACCAAGCUUCGAACAUGAAUAGCUGGUACCUAACACGGAGGAUGGUGAUGGUUGACACAUUGAGUGGACGAGAAAAGAGUCUGAGAUCCACUCCCAGAGUCAUACGUGUGGCUUCUAAUAUAAAGAUUAGGUUUCAACUGGUACCAAACACCCAGAAAGGACAGGUGUACCCACCUCUGAUGACUGUGUCCUACACUGAUGUUCUAAUCACUGAUCCAGCCAAACAGAAUGUCGCUGUAUCGUUUUCUUUGGAGUAUGAGAUGGAUCAGAAUGAAGCUCGGGUCAAAACAGACAUUGCUCUGGGAGUGUUGGGUGGAGUGGCUGUUGUGUACUCACUACUGAAGACGGCAAGCUGGAAAAGAAGGAUCGCCUCUCCUCUUGUUGAUGUGCAGACCAUUUUGAAGUUCUUGUUGUUCUACGCUGGAGAUCUGGCAAAUGUUUUCUUUGUCAUCACUGUGGGAACUGGACUCUACUGGCUCAUUUUCUAUAAGGCUCAGCAGUUUGUUUCUGUGUUGUUGCCUUUACCAGUUCAAGAGGAACGUUUUGUGAUUUAUGUUGGCUGUGCUUUUGCACUAAAGGCAGUGCAGUUUCUCCAUAAGCUUCUGGUGCAGAUGUCAGUGGAUAUAUUCUUUAUAGACUGGGAACGACCACGAGGUGGCAAGUCCAGCAAAUCUGUAGAAGCAGGUGCCGACGGAAGGAGCCUGGCAUCUCCUGUCAGCAUCUGGAGGACGUACUUUGUGGCGAACGAAUGGAACGAGAUCCAGACCAUCCGAAAAAUCAACCCCACCUUUCAGGUUGUCUCUGUCCUCUUCUUCCUGGAGGUGGUGGGGUUUUCCAGCCUGGCUCUGAGAGACCCCUCUUCAGAACUUCAGCGGCCUGCAGAGGAAUACACACCCGCCUACAGCCGCAUUCUGCGCUACGGUGUGGCUUCUUCUAUGUGGCUCUGUAUCGGUUUAAUACAGAUUAUCUUCUCCGUAUUCUAUGAGCGCUUUGUCGAGGACAAGAUUCGCCAGUUUGUGGACCUCUGCUCUAUCAGCAAUGUUUCAGUACUGCUUCUUUCUUGCCGCUGUUUUGGUUACUACAUUCAUGGUCGUUCUGUUCAUGGCCAUGCCGACACCAACAUGGAGGAGAUGAACUUAAAUCUAAAGAGAGAGGCGGAGAAUCUGUGUGGCCAGAGAGGUCUGUUGCCCAAUUCUGACGUUCAGACCUUUCAGAUAUCCAUAACCAGUCGGCUGCGGGCGCAGUAUGAUCGCAUAUUAGAGCCUUUAAGCAGAAGAAAUGGUCCCUCAAGGCUGGUUGAUGCUUCCGCCGGUUCAUUCGAACAAAGCACAAAAGCAUACCACACCAUGAACCGCUUUCUCGGUUCCGUCAUUGACCAUGCUCAUCGUGAGAUGGAUUACAUUGUGAAAGACAAACUGCUUUUUGAAAGAAUCAUUGGAAUGGAGUUCAUCGAACCGCUGGAUAAGAGCAUCUUUUACAAUGAUGACGCUUAUUCCUUUGCUGAAGUACUCUUCUAUGGGAAUGAGGGAACGCUCCUGAUUUUUGACACACUCUUUUUUUGCGUGGUGGAUCUCGGCAGCCAGAACUUUGUUCUAGCAGCUGUGCUCACAUACCUACAACAACUGAUGUUCAGGUUGAUCCGAAACGGUCUGGGUCGCAGGAAUCUGGCUGCAAAAACUCUGGUUGACAAAAGAUUCCUCAUCUAGAUUUAUUUAUGCUGUAUAUUUUCUUAUAUAUUACAGUACUUACUGUAAUUCCUAAUCCCCCACCAAGUUUUAAUGUGUUUUAGCUGCUUUUGAUAUUUUUAAUCAGAUUUGUUUUUACAUGUUUCUAAUUCAGGUUUUUUUUUUUUUGUAAAAUAUAAUAAAUUGAUAUUUUUUCUACAUUGUCAA